GUCUCGAGUGUAGAGGGUUUUUUGAGAAGGGGCAAAGAGAAAGUGAGGCAGUGACAGACAGCGGGAAGUUGAAGAGCCAGCUUUAUUUACAGAUCAGUUGUCAAAAGGAGCCAUUUAAGGGGAAUGCGCCCAUUCCUGCGCCGUGACAGGCGGGGUGGCUGUUUAUAAGGGAAAAAAAGCAAAAGGCAAGCAUGAACCUGAGUGCGAGAUAGUCAAACACAGGCUUUUUUUGUUGAAGACUCACAGAGUCAGAGAGUGGCGAGGGAGGAGAGUGGAUGUUAAGUGACUUCAUUUGUAGUCUAUUUAAGGUAUGUUUUACUUGUCCUUGUGCUGCUCCUCCAUCACCUAAUACAGCUUCUGUGUUCUACUUCCAGCAAGGCAGACAAGAUAGAGCGCAUUAUUUUCUCUAAAUACAAAUAAUUUUCUCUGUUGUGGCUAAAUAUGUGUUUGAUUUUACUGUGCCAAAGAGAGAUUUGUAGACGGCGACAAGAGAGCUUUCUUAUCGUGGCCGCAAGUAUGUACACGUUAUUCAAGAUCCGUGUCCUGCUCUUUUAACAUCCUUUUUUGCCUUAUUACACUUUGUCACUGUUUUGAAAGUUGUCUGACAGGGCGUUGAGCCUCGUCUGUCAACUCAUGCCCGCAAUUUUUGUGUCAUUAGAGGGCUUUGUUUGAUUCAAGUAAAGGUGAUCCACCCUCUGUUCAAAUGAUAGCAAAUCCAGGAUAUCACGUCUUGGCUGCAGAUAACCUUAUCCUGUUCCAGGCAGCAAUAAAUAGAAAAGCAAGUCCUCACACAAACUUUGACCUGAUAAUUAUAGUUCUGAUAUUUUAAUGGCAUGGCAACAUGAUGCCAUCAGCUCUUUCCACUUUAUAAACCAUCUUAAAAGUUGAGCAAUAUUUGAUUUAAAAAAAAAAAACAAGCAGAUAACCUCAGUCCUUUCUUAUCUCCAAACCAGAAUCUGACAAAUGCCCUCUGCCAUUCUGCUGCUAAUGAGACAUCACACUCCUUUGCUGAAUCUUAAACAAUCAUUUUGUUCCUUCCCCUGCGUGAUGUUUUUAAAGCAAACACGUUAAAUUUGGCGUUAACAAGAUGCAGCACAAGGAAGACAAACACAGGCCUGUUUAGACUUUUGACAGUCACAUUCUAACUUAUUAUCCCUGGGGGAUUGUGCCCUUAUUCAAAGACAAACACAAGAGAUGACGCUCCUCACCAGGCCAGCUCAUGUGCUUCAGUACUGAUAUUGCAAUGUGAAAAGUGACCCUCAAGUAGGAGAGAAACUAGAAAUUCCCCACCGCAGACUAGCUGAGAGCCUUCAAAUCUAACAUGCCAGUGUCAAUGAGCACGGCCUUUUUUUAAAUAAUAAAAAAAAAACCUCAAACUGAUAGACCAAGGAGGCUGAAAUACGAGAGCCAGCAGACAUGGGCUGUGUGUUUGUGUGCUUAUGCACACGCACACACACACACACAAGGCACAAAGCACGUGUUAUCACUGUUAACAGCAGCACAAAACAGUUGAUAGCGUGUGUUGUGUAUGUGUCCUGAAAGCAGCUGCUGUUGCACUGUAACACAGCCUCAGUAUGUGUGUGUGUGUGUGUGUGUGUGUGUGUGGUUGCUUGUUUGUGACUUGUCUUUCUAUCUCAGCGUGGCUCGAAACUUGACAUUGCACAUUUAUGGUGUUGACAUUUUUCUUUGAAUGGUCCACAGAAAAAAAUGCCAGGACGAACUUCUUUCACCCCAUUAGACUAGGUGUGUGUGUGUGUGUGUGUGUGUGUGUGUUCGAGAGAGUAAAGUACCACACACUUCAGGGACCAGGAGCCAGGACAAAGCCUGGUCCAACAGGACUGGAAAGGGCCGGGGGCCAUCUCCCUGUGCACACCACCCUCUUUACACCUGUCUCUCUCACACACACACACACACACACACACACACACACACACACAAACACAAAGCUCACAGCCGUGCUGCUCAACACAGGGUUUUCAUUGUAGCAAUGACAGGAGGGCGCCCGUUAAGUGGCUGUCUCUUCCUGUGUGCGUGUGUGUGUGUGUGUUUUAUGUAUUAAGUGUGUGUUGUUCCUCAUGUGGCUGUGGGGUGGAGAAGGGCGAUGAAGGACCCCUACUGGUAAAGUGGGUAAACUUGCACAGCCUCGACAUCUGUGCUCACAGGAGAAGGAAGAGGAGGAGGAAGAGGGAGUGGAGAUAGACAGUGAGAGAGGAGGAGGAGGAUGAGGAGUGGGGAAAAAGGAGAAGAGUGUGAAGUAGAGAGGGAGGGAGGGCAGGAGAGAGAGAGAGCAGAGUCCCGGCUUUGAGCAGUUGAGGAGAAAAUGCCUUGCUUUGUGGAAAGAAUCCUUCCAGGGCAGGAGGGAGAGGUGAGGCAGAGCGUGGAGGGCGGUCUGCUGCCAGCUGAAAGGAGUUUAUGCACUGAAACGACCUCAGGAAAACCCAAGAUGGCCGCCAAAAGGAAAGGUGGCCUAAAACUCAAUGCUAUCUGUGCCAAGCUGAGCCGCCAGGUGGUUUUUGACAGCAGCUCCCAAAACGCAGACGGAGACCAGAGCGUAGCUGAAAACAGCGAGCGUGGCAGUUCGCACUACGAUGACAACGACAUCAACUUCCCCGAGAGCCUGAGCCUGAGUCAGAGCCUGGAGGAGGACCAGAAAAGGCGAGAGGCCAUCGAGAAGUGGGUGAACGGCGAGUACGGUGAUGAGCCACUGCCGCUCGAGUGCGGCGACGAGGAGGAGCCCAAACUUAAAGACGCCAAAGAUGAAGACGGCCCUCCCGUGGGGGUGUACAUGGUGCAACCCAAAGGCUGCAGCGACGAGGAGGACAAUGGUGAGGAGGUGGAGCCCUUAGCGGGCUCUCAGGAUGGCAACUACCAUGACGACAAAGAUGUUGACGACGGGCCUUCGAAACCUGACGCCUACAUGCCGCCGAGUGAGGCCCAGACUCAUCAAGCACCUUUCUCUUCUCCAGGAGAAGCAUCUGCCCUCCGAGACUAUGCGGCCACUACGAUGAAUGAGUUUUUGGGAAUGUUUGGCUAUGAUGACCAUCAGAUGCGGGACGAGCUGACCAAGAAGAUCAGCUUUGAGAAGCUCAAAGCCGCUACCUCAGACCCCUCCUCCCUCAGCAGCGAGGAGGCCUCUCGCCGGGCCCGCUUUUCCAAGUACGAAGAGUACAUCCGCAAGCUCAAAACUGGUGAGACCCUACCUUGGCCCAUGCAUGCUUCCCCACCCAAACCAGAUGACCUCAACACAAAACUGUCCCAAGACAAAAGUCCAACCAUGCUCCAGACCUCCGGGUGCCUCCCAGGGGCCGAGGCCCAGAUUUAUCCCACUAGCUUGGAUCACAAGCAGCAAGGAGCCCCAGCAGGUGCCGCACAACCAUCCAAUCCCUCUCACAUCCAGAGCAUGGCCUCCCGGGCCUCCAAGUAUGACUUCUUCAUUCAGAAACUAAAAAUGGGUGAGAGUAUACAGCCGAAUGGUAAUGCUUUUAAACGACCCUCCAAGUAUGAUCUGGAGAACGUCAAGUUCCUGAACCUUUUUAAGCCGGGUGAGGGCAACCCUGACAUGGGUGGCGCCAUCGCCUUUAAGACUGGUAAAGUUGGCCGCCCUUCCAAGUAUGACAUCAGAACAAUCCAGAAGUUGAUUCCCGGAAAUCCAGAAGGCUCGUUGAUGCCCAACAUCCUUGCAACCGCACCAGGGAAUCCUGGAGCACCUGGUGUCCCCACCAUGGGUGCAACUGGGGCCAGCAUUGCACCAGGCCUCACCGUGGACCAGACGGGCCAUAUAAGCUUCACCGCUGACUACCUGAAGUCCAGCUUUUCCAAGACUGACUCCAUCACCACUGGCACUGUGUCCUCCGUUAAGAAUGGCCUGCCACCAGAUAAACCUGCCAGCGACGACGUCAACCUCUACCAGAAAUACAUUGCCAGGUUUUCUGGAAGUCAACACUGUGGACAUGUGCACUGUGCCUACCAGUACAGGGAGCACUACCACUGCAUGGACCCUGAGUGUAACUACCAGGUGAGCAGGUUUACCAGUAAACAGGAUGUUAUCAGGCACUACAACAUGCACAAGAAGAGGGACAACUCCCUGCAGCAUGGUUUCAUGCGAUUCAGUCCUCUGGAUGACUGCAGUGUCUACUACCAUGGCUGCCACCUCAAUGGCAAAAGUACACAUUACCACUGCAUGCAGGUGGGCUGUAGCAAGGUGUACACCAGCACGUCUGAUGUGAUGACCCACGAAAACUUCCACAAAAAGAACGCCCAACUGAUCAAUGAUGGCUUCCAGAGGUUCCGUGCAACUGAGGACUGCGGCACAGUCGGGUGCCAGUUUUAUGGCCAGAAAACGACACACUUCCACUGCAGGCGCCCCGGAUGCACAUUCACCUUCAAGAACAAGUGUGAUAUUGAGAAGCACAAGAGCUACCAUAUCAAGGAUGACGCCUAUGCCAAAGAUGGCUUCAAGAAGUUCUAUAAGUAUGAGGAGUGCAAGUACGAGGGCUGUGUGUACAGCAAAGCUACAAACCACUUCCACUGCAUCCGCUCGGGCUGCGGCUUCACCUUCACCUCUACCAGCCAGAUGACCUCCCAUAAGCGCAAACACGAGCGCCGACAUAUCCGCUCCUCUGGCGUCAUGGGCCUUUCUUCCACCUUCCUGGCACCAAAGGAUGAGCCGGAGGAGUCAAGCAACGAUGACCUGAUGGACUUCUCGGCCAUCAGCAGCAAGAACUCCAGUCUGAGUGCCUCGCCCACCACCCAGCAGUCCACCACUGUAUCCCACCUCAUGGCCACACCCACUACUGCUGUCUCCUCUUCCACAUCGGCAGGCCUUACCCUCAAGCCCUCGCCCUCGCUGCCCAGUGUGGGUCAGCGCAUGUCUAGCCUGCUGUCCCAGGCCCUGCCCAGCAACAUGCCGGUGGCCCUCGCUCUGUCUAACAGCACAAUGGCUGCUUCGAGCCCUUUCUUCCCCCUGAUACCAAGGGUGCCUCUCCAGCCUCCUCCACAGGCGGCUGGCCUGGUAUCAGCUGUCUCAUCUGGGGCCCACUCCAUGCCCACCGACUCACUAACUCAAGGCUGCUCCACGGCGGUGGCAGACGCAGCCAUGGCGUCUACCCCGACCUCUUUUGCCACUUCCUCGAUUAUGGAAAAGAUCUCAGCCAGCAAAGGUCUGAUAUCACCAAUGAUGGCCAGGCUGGCUGCAGCUGCUCUGAAGCCUUCCAAUGGGCCAGACACAGGGAGCGGGCAGCCGGCCUCAGUCAACCAGUUUAAUCUGGUUCAAGUGAAGCAGGAACCAGUGGACACCACCUCAGGGGCCUCACAGGAGUCCACACAGGAGCAGAGUUUGGACCUGAGCAAGAAAGACAGCAGUAAUGAAUCAAAUGGACACGCUGUACCAGGGAAUGCAUCUCUUUUAUCCUCGCUUAUGAAUAAGAUGUCACAGGUGAACCCUGCCCUCUUCGACGCCAUGCAUCUGAAGACGGAGCUGGAUGCCGCCCAUGGCGGGGAUACCUCCGAGGCAGCCCAGUACCUGAACCGAGUUCUGAAGAGACCCCUGGUAGACAAACCCAGUGAGAUCUGGAGGACUUACCUCCGCAGAUUUGACACAGAUGACUUCUGUGAGGCUCAGUGUGACUUCCUCCAGAAAGUGCACUUUCACUGCCUGGUAGAAGACUGUGGUGCUCUUUUCAGCACAGUGGAUGGAGCCAUAAAGCAUGCCAAUUUUCACCUCAGAGCUACUCUGAAAGUGAAGUCUGAGCCUCCGUUUAGCGAGGGCAAGGUGUCCAUUGAGGGAGGUCCUCUGCGGCCUGCUGCACCCGUCUCCAUGACCAACAACUCCUCCAUGGAUGUGACUCACCUCCCUCCCUCUGGUGGCUACAGCUCCCCUCCUCCUUCCCUUCUGGCCUGGAAGCAGCUGACCGGCAGCAUCCCCCAGAUGCCAGCCUCCAUGCCCAACCUCCCAGCCAACUCCCCUUUGGCCACCACUUCACUGGAGAAUGCUAAGCCUCAAGUCAAGCCUGGUUUUCUGCAAUUCCAGGAAAAUGAUCCCUGUCUGGCAACGGACUGUAAAUACUCCAACAAGUUCCACUUCCACUGCUUGUUUGGAAAUUGCAAGUACGUGUGCAAGACCUCUGGCAAGGCCGAGUCCCACUGCUUGGACCACAUCAACCCCAACAACAACCUGGUCAACGUUCGUGACCAGUUCUCCUACUACUCCCUCCAGUGUCUGUGUCCCAACCAGCACUGCGAGUUCCGAAUGCGAGGCCACUAUCACUGUCUGCGGCCCGGUUGCUUCUUUGUCACCAACAUUACCACCAAGCUGCCGUGGCACGUCAAGAAGCACGAGAAGGCCGAGCGCCGCGCCGCCAACGGCUUCAAAUACUUCACCAAGAGGGAGGAGUGCGGACGGCUGGGUUGCAAAUAUAACCAAGUCAACAGCCACUUUCACUGCAUCCGCGAGGGCUGCCAGUUCUCCUUCCUGCUCAAGCACCAGAUGACCUCACAUGCACGCAAACACAUGAGGCGGAUGCUCGGGAAGAAUUUUGAUCGAGUCCCGUCCCAGGUGGUGCCACUCGGGCAGAGGACAGAUGAGAUGCAUGUUUCCGGCAUGAUGUCAGGACCCAUGGCGGCCCACUCUGAUAUCACUUCCAGCUACUCCUCCGCCACCAUAGACGACGCAGAUGAUUACGUGGACUACAUGGGAGGCGGGGGAAGCCCUUUGGGCAUCUCCUCUGAGUCCUCCAACCAAGACCGCAGCUGCACCAGCACCCCCGUGGGCAAUGAUGGUUCCCCAGCAGGACAAGGCUACCCCACCACCAACUCAGCUCCCACCACCCCUGCUGACACUACCCAAAACGCACCUCCUUCCUCACCUCCUCCUGCUCCUCUUCCACCACCACAACUUCCACCACCACCUCCUCCUCCUUCCGUUCCUCAGCCUGGCCUACAGGCCCAGGCGACAUCCCUGUCACCCGCUCUUCUCCGACCUCCCCUGCCCUCGCUCCCAUACCUCCUCUCUCCAUCUUGUCUGUCAUACUCUCUGCUCAGCGCCUCUCUGGGAGCCACUCGGAGUGUUGUCAUGCCAACCAACACACCAGCUUUCAGCCCCAUCAUUGCCACCCCGUCUCCGGUUAAAAAUGACGUCCCUAUAGUGCAGGAUGCUGCAGGAAACACUAUCUCCAUCCCCACUGCCGCCGGAGCCAAGAAGCGCUUCUGGAUCAUCGAGGACAUGUCUCCGUUCGGGAAGCGGCGCAAAACCGCGUCCUCACGCAAGAUGCUGGACGAGGGGAUGAUGCUUGACGGCUUCCGUCGCUACGACCUGUACGAGAACUGCAAGGACUCAGGCUGCCAGUUCUCCCUGAAGGUGACCCACUACCACUGCACCCGUGAGAACUGCGGCUACAAGUUCUGCGGCCGCACACACAUGUACAAGCACGCCCAGCACCACGACCGUGUGGACAACCUUGUCCUGGACGACUUCAAGAGGUUCAAGUCCACACUCAGCUGCAACUUCCCCGAUUGCCAGUUCUCGGGUAAUAGCACCCACUUCCACUGCCUGCGCUGUGGCUUCCGCUGCACCGACAGCACCAAGGUGACGGCACACCGCAAGCAUCAUGGCAAACAGGACGUGAUCAGCGCCGCCGGCUUCUGUCAGUUCAGCUCCAGCGCCGACUGCGAGGUUCUCGACUGCAAGUAUAAGCUCAAGUGUUCCCACUUUCACUGCACCUUCCCCGAAUGUAAGCACACUGUGGUGGGAAUGUCCCAGAUGGACUCCCACAAGCGUAAGCACGAGAAGCAGGAGCGAGGUGAGCUGCCGUCUGUAUCGCCCAAACAGGAAGGAGUGCACCACCUGGCCUCCUCUGCUGUCCCCCAAGUUUCUAUGGGUCUCAAUACGUCUUCACCCGCCGGCCUCCACAGCCUGACCCACAGCGUUAACAGCAGUGCCCACUCCAUGCUCUACUCAACAGGUAGUGUGGGGUCUGAGUACAACCACCCGUACCCGCCCCCCAUUAGCCUGGAUGGCUCCCUCAACCUGGGCACGGACACCAGCAGUUCCCUCUUCUUCCUCAAGAACGCCGCCGGUCUGGGUCUCAACGACUCUCUGGACCUCAGCAAGAAGCUGCACGAGGCGGCACGGCGCACACCCAACCACAGUGCCACUCCACCAUUGGGUGUUCUGGCAGCUCAGGAUGACACAACAGGAACAUCUGGCGAGGCCGAGGAUGACAUGUCGCCAGAAGAGGAGGCGCAGGCCGAGGAGGAAGAAGAAGAGGAGGAGGAGGAGGAGGAGGAGGUGGAGGAAGAUCUCAAUACUGACUCAAAUGAUGAUUCAAUGGCAGAGCCUGAUGGGGAGAAGGACAACGGGGAGAAUUUUGAUGCUUCCGUUAACCACACUGACACUUCCCAAUUGGAAAAACAACAUGGCGACCCAGGAAGGCAAACUUAAGAAGAAGGGACCGGAUGUAGGAUCAACAAACAGGAAUGAAAGUGGCCUCCUUCAUCAUGUUUAGAGACUUCACAUGACAUUGAAACAAAACAGCAGUGAGGAGAAUACUGUAUAAAAACAAAAAAAUCAUGAUGGCCCAAAAAUGAUUUAUGAUGAUGUUUACAAGAUGACCAACAUUAUUAAUUCAAUUAUGCAUUAAAAAAUAUGAACAGAGACACACGGAAUUAGGCCCCGGUUUACACACGGGGUGGCAAUGUAAAGCAUUUUACUACACAUCAGUCUUUUUGUGUGUGUGCAUGUUUGACCUUAAUUUAUUACUGUUUUUAUUUUUCACGUUUUCGUGUGGGGAAAAAAAAAAAAAACAAGAAAUCUCACUAUAUAACUAUCUAUGAACGUGUGUGUGAUAAUAGAAAAGGAACUUUGCAACAUGAACUGAAGGGCCGAGCUCACAUUUUGAAAAAGAAAAAAAAUGGGAAAUGAAUCACUAAGGAGAAGCAGGAUGUGUUCAGACGUUUGAUUUUUUUUCUGUGUUAAUUAUGAUUAUUAAUAUUAUUAUAAGACACCGAGCUCUCUCUAAGACAUUGGACUGUGGAUCUUUAGAGGAGGUGUCUGGUUGGACUCAUCCUCACUCUCUCGUGACAUUCUGCUAGUAAAGCCACCCAAAAAAGCAGCCUGUGUAAUUUAAAUCCCCCCUCCAAAAAUACCGCCACCUUCUUUGGCGGUGGAAAUGAACUCUGUGUGUGGAUCAUGCACUUUUAUACUAGCUGACCAUGACGCAUAUACAAUGGCGGUGGAUGACUCGUGUUUAUUUUUGUUACUAUUUUGCAUUUUGUUGUUUUGUUGCUGUCAGUGAGAAGCAUAUCAAUCCGUAAACUGAUUCAUUGGAAGUGGGGUGGGGGGAGGUCGGGGGGUGGGGGUCAAGAGUUGAUUAGAUGUAGCUGGGGUGGGAGGGGGAGGGAGGUAAUUCCCGAGAGCGUCAGGGAGUGUAUUUAAUGUUGAAAAAAUGUACAGAACGAUAACUGCCUCAAACGGCGUUGGUUUUGUUUUUGGCUCACUGUCACAGCUGUAAUGGUCGAGCUCCUGUCGUCACGCUUUUUAUUUAAUAUUUAUGUGACCUUCCAAAAAUGAGAAUUUUUAGGGUGUUAUUGCACUUUUUAGUUUCAUUUUUACCGGGGAUUUAACAAAAAAUAUAUGUGAUAUAUAUAUUUUAACAGGGAAUUUGCUUUAAAAGAUUGUUGUUUUAGUUCACUUUGCUUUAAUGCACAAAUAGAUGUUAGUGUGAAAAAAAUGUGGUUCUGUGAUUUAUUUAAAAAAAAAAGACUGUUUUUUUUUUUUGUUUGUUUGCUUUUUUUGAUGAGAAAAUUUGAUAACAAGCAAAUGGACGUGCCGGUUCAAUGGCAAGUGUGCAAGAAACACUAAUAAGGACUGUGAUUUUAAUUUUUCAACUUGAUGGCGAUGCUCUUAUUGUAGUGCUAAAUUAUGAAUCUGUCACUCUGGUUUAUAUUGAACAAAUAUGUAUGACGGAGGAGUGGACACACUGGUCAUAAAUUAUCUCCUGAGCUUGGCAUUGGAAAUAAAUAUUCAUCAUAUAGGGAAUAAUGAUGUGUGUAGAUGAUUUUGCUCCACAUUGUUUUGAGAAAAAAAAGAGGUUGUACAGUAUUUUCCUCUGUUAAAAACAAAAAAAAAACUAUAAGAACAAAAUGCUCUUUGAGCAAAUUUCAAGAUGAAAACCAUAAGAAGGGAAAAAAAAAAAGACUAAUAAAAAGGCAAGAAUACAAAUACCGUCAUAGUUUGCUUGUGUGGAUGACAUUUUUUUAAUUAUCACGUUUAUUUGGAAGUAAUCUUUCCAAAAACUGCUACCGUUAAUAAGCAUUUCUACAAUGUCAAAGCUCAAACACACUGAUUGGAAUUCAUGCAUUAAUUUGUCUGUGUUAUGUAAUUGUUUGUUGUAUUCAUUUGUCAUAUCUGUGUGCUUUUUUUUCCUCAUGAAUUGGCAUUUUUUUGGUUUGUAAUUGCAGUUUGCUGUGGGCAUGUCUCGUUCACAGACUGUCUCCCGGGACUAUCUCGCAAAGCAAGAGAUCUUCCUAGAUUUGUUUUGUCAUUUUUUCCUUUUGCUGACACAACUGUAGGAGCUGGGAGACAAUAAUCACUUGAAUUUAGUUUCUACGUGUGUGUAUGUGUGUGGCUGUAAAAUUGCAGGAUUUGUAAAAAGUUGGAAAUAAAGAAAGUAUAAUUAUAAUGA